GUGUGUGUGUGGGUGUCCCUCACUCUCUGCAUGUCAGAGAAAGCUUCUGUGUGUCUGUCGCACCCAGGCUGGACUGACUGCUGCGAAAGAGCCGAGCCAGUGUCUAUCGGAGAGACCGUUAGGAGGGAGAUGGGAUGCGUGAGCCUUCCUUGCAGACUCAGGGAAAGGAAGAAGCGAAAGGGCUGUGUCUGAAUUCUAACAAACCACAGACAAGGAAACUCAAAGCAAUGGAUGCUGCUGCUGCUGCUGCUGCUCGUUAGGCCAAAGGCCUGGUUAAACUGGAAUUAAUGGGAUGCUUUCUUCCAGGGGACAAUUGGGUUGAAAUCUGAAGUGCUGAGGCUGCGCCUGUUCAGGCGGAGGGGAAAAAGGAAAAGAUGACAGAGGGCCGCCGGUGUCAAGUGCACCUUCUCGACGACAGGAAAUUGGAACUUCUCGUGCAGCCCAAGCUUUUAUCCAAGGAGCUGCUAGAUCUGGUAGCGUCACAUUUCAACCUGAAAGAGAAGGAAUACUUUGGAAUUGCCUUCACCGAUGAGACGGGCCAUUUGAACUGGCUUCAGCUGGACCGCAGAGUGCUGGAACAUGAUUUCCCCAAAAAAUCCGGAUUGGUUGUUUUGUACUUCUGUGUCAGGUUCUAUAUUGAAAGCAUAUCUUACCUGAAGGAUAAUGCUACCAUUGAAUUGUUUUUCCUGAAUGCGAAGUCAUGUAUUUACAAGGAGCUCAUUGAAGUUGACAGUGAAGUUGUGUUUGAGUUGGCUGCAUACAUCCUGCAGGAGGCAAAAGGGGAUUUUUCAAGCACUGAAACUGUAAGGACUGACUUGAAGAAGUUGCCAGCACUUCCAACACAAGCCCUUAAGGAGCACCCAUCUCUGGCUUAUUGUGAGGAUCGAGUAAUUGAGCAUUACAAGAAGCUGAAUGGUCAGACAAGAGGUCAAGCCAUUGUCAAUUAUAUGAGCAUUGUAGAAUCCCUUCCAACAUAUGGAGUACAUUAUUAUGCAGUCAAGGAUAAGCAGGGAAUUCCUUGGUGGUUAGGACUUAGCUACAAAGGAAUCUUUCAAUAUGACUAUCACGACAAAGUGAAGCCAAGAAAGAUCUUCCAGUGGCGCCAGCUGGAGAACCUGUACUUCCGAGAGAAGAAGUUUUCCGUGGAGGUGCAUGACCCGCGCAGGGCAUCUGUGACCAGAAGGACUUUUGGACAUAGUGGAAUUGCUGUGCACACUUGGUACGCCUGCCCUGCCUUGAUCAAGUCCAUCUGGGCUAUGGCCAUUAGCCAACAUCAGUUUUACCUGGACAGGAAGCAGAGCAAGUCCAAAAUUCAUGCAACAAGAAGCCUAAGUGAAAUUGCCAUUGACUUGACGGAAACUGGAACUCUGAAGACGUCCAAAUUAGCCAACAUGGGCAGCAAAGGAAAGAUUAUCAGUGGCAGUAGUGGGAGUCUUUUGUCAUCAGGUUCUCAGGAGUCCGAUAGUUCUCAGUCUGCCAAGAAAGACAUGCUGGCUGCCUUAAAGUCCAGGCAGGAAGCCCUUGAGGAGACUCUGCGCCAGCGCCUAGAGGAACUGAAGAAGCUGUGUCUCCGAGAAGCGGAACUUACUGGAAAAUUGCCAAGAGAAUAUCCCCUCAACCCAGGGGAGGAACCCCCAAUCGUGAGAAGAAGAAUUGGUACUUCUUUUAAACUGGAUGAACAGAAAAUGCUACCCAAGGGAGAGGAAGCUGAACUGGAACGCUUGGAAAGAGAAUUCGCCAUUCAGUCACAGAUCACUGAAGCUGCUCGACGCCUAGCCAGCGAGCCCAACGUCAGCAAGAAGCUGAAGAAACAAAGGAAAACUUCCUACCUUAAUGCACUGAAGAAGCUUCAGGAGAUUGAAAAUUCCAUCAAUGAGUACCGUAUCAGAUCUGGGAAAAAGCCAACCCAGAGAGCCUCGCUGAUCAUCGAUGAUGGAAAUAUUGCCAGUGAGGACAGUUCCCUCUCAGAUGCUCUUGUUCUGGAGGAUGAAGACUGCCAGGUUACCAGCACAAUAUCUCCUUUACAGUCGCCUCACAAAGGACUUCCUCCUCGUCCCCCCUUGCACAACAGGCCCCCCCCUCCACAAUCCCUGGAGGGUCUCCGGCAGAUGCACUAUCACAGGAACGACUAUGACAAAUCGCCCAUUAAGCCCAAAAUGUGGAGCGAGUCUUCCUUGGAUGAGCCUUACGAGAAGGUGAAGAAGCGUUCUUCUCACAGCCACUCCAGUCACAAGCGAUUUCCCAGCACCGGUAGUUGUGUGGAAGGUGGAGGAAGCAACUCUCUUCAGAACAGUCCAGUAAGGAACCUCCCUCAUUGGAACACCCAGUCCAGCAUGCCAUCGACACCAGAUCUACGGGUACGCAGUCCACAUUACGUGCAUUCCACUAGAUCGGUGGACAUCAGUCCUACUAGACUGCAUAGCUUAGCUCAGCACUUUAGACACAGGAGUUCUAGUUUAGAGUCGCAAGGCAGGCUUCUCGGCUCGGAAAACGAGACCGGGAGCCCUGACUUCUACACCCCCAGGACUCGUAGCAGCAACGGGUCGGACCCCAUGGACGACUGCUCCUCCUGCACAAGCCACUCCAGCUCCGAGCAUUACUACCCGGCCCAGAUGAACGCCAACUACUCCACCCUGGCGGAGGACUCGCCCUCCAAAGCGCGCGAGCGCCAGCGACAGCGGCACAAGUCGGCCGGAAACCUCGUCUGCUCCAAUUCCGGGAGCAUGCCCAACCUGGCCGCCGGGAACGGGGCCAGCCACCACGGGGUCUACCUGCACAGCCAAAGCCAGCCUUCUUCCCAGUACAGGAUCAAAGAGUACCCCCUCUACAUCGAAGGGAGCGCGACGCCCGUGGUGGUGCGCAGCCUCGAAAACGACCAGGAGGGGCACUACAGCGUGAAAGCACAGUUCAAAACGUCCAACUCGUACACGGCGGGGGGGAUGUUUAAGGAGACCUGGCACGGAGACGAAGUGGAUUCCGUGCGGCUGACCCCCUCCCGCUCCCAGAUUAUCAGGACUCCUUCCUUGGGGAGAGAGGGUCACGAGAAGGGACCGGGGAGGACUGUGGUGUCGGACGAGCUCAGACUCUGGUACCAGCGCUCCACAGCCUCCCACAAAGACCACAGCCGGUUGUCGCACACAAGCUCCACUUCGUCGGACAGCGGCUCCCAGCACGGUGGCUCCCCUCAAAGCACCUUCGUGGUGCACAGUAAGGUAGCCAGGAUGCCUCCGAUGUGCAAAGCAACGUCAGCUGCCUUACCUCACAAUCAGAGGAGUUCAACAACCACAUCUGGUGACUGUGGGUCUUUGCCCCCCAGCUGUCCGCAUCACAUCUUAGCUUGGCAAACUGGGAGCUACAGUGAUAGCUGCUACCUGGAUUCUCCCCUCUAUCCAGAACUAUCCGAUGUCCAGUGGUACGGACAGGACAAAGCCAAGCCUGGGACUCUAGUGUGAACUCCUCAACCUCAGCUGUUCAGAUGCAUCAAUGCCAUCCGGAAAAAUCACCUCACUGCCUCUCAUUUGCCUUACCCAGCUGCUCUGGCGCCCGACACCAGCUUCAAAAGAAAAGCACUUUCUGCAUAAGGCAAUUGAAGAUGAUGUUAGGGAAAGAACAACUGUGUCAGUAGCGAAAAACAGUCCUUCCGUCCCAGGUCUGCACACUCGUUCAUCCUCACUGCACUCCACCAAGAGCAGAGGGCAAGUCCCUUGUGUCCAUGGACAUUAAGGACAGAAAGUCAAUUCGGUCCCUUCCUGGAUAAAGUAUUCCUGUUUUUCAGUGGGUGAGAUUAUUCAAAGCAGUAGUUAAAGAUGGUGCCACAGCUACGACGAAUGCCCGUUUCAUUCAAAGGCAGGAGAGCUUACAAAGCUGUUCAGAGAUGGGCCAGAAUAUUGGGAAAGCAAUUUGUUCUGUGCUGCCAAAGACUGCAGUAACUACUCAUCCUGAAGCAUUUCUCUACAAGGAUUGUGCUUUUCAGAAACAGCAAUAGCGUUUAUGACCCCCAAUCUUCCUCUUGAUGUCUACAAUCCUGAAUGAUUUCAGAUUAGGUAAUAUAACCAAGGAUCAGUUGGGGGAAGCCAGUGGAGGAAGAAGUUUAUGGUAGGAAGGGAAAAUUAGUCCUCCUUCCAACAUUCCUGGGGAGAAACUGCAAGGAAGAGCAUGCAAUCCUGCUUGAAGAACUGUGAUCAGUCAUGAUGUAAAGAUGCCAAAAAAGUUUAACUAAAAAAAAAAAACCUAUAUGAGGAUGUCAAAUUAAGGGAAAGCAGCCCAGGAUACAUUGAACAUGAUCUCAAAAUAUGUUAUUACUAAUGUGGGAAAGGGUUUGUGGACUCACCAGGGAAGUGUCCAAGGCUUGAAAAAGGGGAGGUUGCACAGUGUUGCCGAACUAAUUUACCAGCGGAUUAUGGCCCUUUCCUCCAUUACUAAAAUGAACCAUCCACAUGAUAUUUCCCCUCCCCCCCAUUUAAAGCACGUUUGACUGCCAAGAUCAAAAGAGGGAACAAGUUUACGCAUACACUCGAGCAAUGAUUUUUAUGAAUCUAGAAAGCCAUCCAACUUGCAAAAGGCCUCAAUAUUUUUAUAAUAAACUAAGACACAAUCUCUGUGCUCUGGGGUGACCCCCCCCCCCAAACCCAUGGGCUUUCCAACAAGUCACGAUCCCUCCCUGUUCCUACGUUGUCUCUCGUCUUGAGUGCAGCGAGAGCCAAAAUGCACCUUUGGGGGACCUUCAUUGCCCACCCCUGAUCGAGUCAGAUCUUGGAGCAGGUACGCCAAGGCUCCACUGUGGUGCUACUUUGUUUUUACACCACUGGACAACGAAGUGUGUCUGCCUGUCCUUCACUUUUGUGUUAGUGUGUCAGCUUGGAAAUAGCAAAAAUUCGAGAGAGAUUCCAAAGAGCAAAAAACCACCACCUGCUUCCAUUAAGAAAUGCCUGUUUCUGAGAGAUGAUCAGGUGUGGCUAAUAUCCUGCAGGAGGAUAAAAAGAAUCUACGUGUCACUCAGCGGCGCUUGAAAUUGGCUCGCUCUGGAAGAAAAUGGGUAGCAGAAGGAAGACUCGGCAAAGCAAGGUUGAAAUGCAGAGGGGAAACAUGAGCAAAAAUGAAGGCAAAUUGCUGAAUAAUGUUUGGCCCAGCAUAUUAUUUAUUCCACCAGGGAACAUUAUGUGAAACAUCCCUACCCAAAUACAGUGGCAAUAUUAGGCCAUGAACAAACAAGGGCAUCCAUGGGGGAGGGGUCAGAAAAGUCAAGAUGGCAGCUGCCCACCCACUCCAACAGCCAUCCCUGGGAACAACUAUGGAAGUAGGCUGUCUAAUCUGGAGUCAGAGGAGGUUCAGCAUCUUCAUUUUAUGCUGAUUUGCAACCAGCGGGAUUUGAAAAUAUUCUCCCUUAAUAAAUAAUUUACAGUCACUUAUCAAAACAAGAAAAGAACUUUUUGGUGAUGUUUAAUUGCCUUGUUUUAUUAAGACAUGUUUUUAAGGUUAAAAUAACCAUUUCCUCUCACAUACUCAUGUCUUUAUGGUUUAUAGCAGGGCUUCCCAACCUUGACAGCUUUUAAGAUGUGUGACUUCAGCAAGCUGGCUGGGGAAUUCUGGGAGUUGAAAUCCACACCUAUUGAAGUUGCUGAGGUUGAGAAACGCUGGUUUAUAGCAUCCUUUACUGUCCUCAAGGCAGGGGACAAAUUAAACCAGGGUAUUGGGCAGCAAGAAUUAGACAAUUCUCAGCUGCCUCACCAAUUUGUAAUUAGCAGAGCUUUUUUCGGGGGGUUGUUAUUUACUACUUUAAAGCAUACAACAUAGCAAUUUCAUUAUUAAAAAUAAUACUGACACUUCAGUUCAAUCAGCACCUAGAAAGCUUGAUUUUUUUUUUUUAUUAUUUGUAUGCCAAAUGAUAGCCAGAAUACUGGCAGAUGACCAGGGUCAAAUGGGAAAGGAAUAAACCAGAGUUUCAGGGAGCUUUAGGUUGACUACAGAAUUGUCAGUUUCUUGAAAGGGAACCAAGCAAACAGUCUCACCCCAGUUAACAAGUUAAUGGUAUUAAACUUGCUUCAUUGCUUCAACAAGAUUUGGUCACAGCCAAGAACUCAUCCUUGGAUUGCAAGAUGCUCCUUCCCUGGGCAUUUUGGACCCAUCUAGUCUAGCAUGAGAUCUGGUGUGUUGUUGAGCAGAAAAACAACUCUACCCCACACCCCAGCCUGGCUGCAAAGUUAAUUUUUUUUUUAAAAAAAUAACCACAUCCUUCAGCUAGUUUGCAUAUGGUCCUGGGGCAUUUUUGUUGUGGGGAGAAAGCGGGGUGAUUUUCAAUCUAUUUUUAUUUCUUUCAACCAGGGCACUUGUGAGCCAGUCUGGUAGUAAAGACAGAGAUUAAGUAAAACAGGUUUUACUGUUUAACUCAAUUCAGUGAUACAGAAAUGUACAUAGAAUGUUAAUCAGGAGAUUAACAUGUUCUGAGUAUAACAUGAAGGGGUAUCCGCAGCUACUGUAUACAGGCACUUGAUUACCCCAAUAAUAUGCCCCUUGAAUUCUGCUUUUAUAUAGAUUAAAAAGGCCCUAGGUCUGAAAAUGCUUUUGGUCUGUAUGUACAAACCGCCCCUUCUUUCUCCCGCUUUGUACAUGCAUUCACACCAUAUCAAAUGGUGGGCAGGGUUUAUUUUUUAAAUGAUAUUAUAUGCAGUUGAGUGUUGAAGAUGUUGGGGGGGGGGAAAGGAUGUUGGUUUUGUUUUUCAACCCAAUAUUAGUUUUGGAUAUAGCAGACCCAUUCAGGUGCUGUCAUGACGACCAGCUAUACUGCUUAGUUAAUUAGUUAUAAAGAAGGUGCACAUAUGCACGCAUAUGGCGUAUGAUCGACCCUAGUUCCAAUUUUUUUCAAAAAAAAAAAAAAAAAGCUCUUCUGAAAUUGACUGUAAAGCAUGUAAAAUGAUUUUGACUCCUGUGCAGCAGUGGUCAAGAAGAAGAAAAGAUACGCUGUAGAAAGAGUUGCAGAAUUUUUUUUUUUAAAUCAGCUUUUAAUUUAUUCUUUUUGUAUUAAGAAUUUGUAUAGUUAUCUUUACAUUUUGCAAAAACAGUGUUGUCAACACUUCCUUAUUAAAGCAUUUUCAAGAUGAAAGUC